GGGGAAUUUAUUCAGCAGAUGGACGGAAGAGGCUAUGCGGUGUGUUAUAGGGCGACCAAGCAGGAAUGCAAAAGGCUACUGAGAAGGAUGUCUCCUCAUGCCAAAGACAACCUGAGAUGCCUGCUGUUUCUCCUCCUAGCAGUCUUGGGACUUUGCUGGAUUCGAUGCAAGUCAGGCCCCCAAACCAGGAGGACAUCUAUUGUCCACCUCUUUGAAUGGCGCUGGACUGAUGUUGCUCUUGAAUGUGACCGUUAUUUAGCACCAAAUGGAUUUGCAGGAAUUCAGAUUUCUCCUCCAAAUGAAAAUCUUGUAAUUACAAGGCCUUGGAGACCAUGGUGGGAAAGAUAUCAGCCAAUCAGCUACAAGAUAUGUUCACGUUCUGGAAAUGAAAAUGAAUUUAGAAACAUGGUGACCAGAUGCAACAAUGUUGGAGUUCAUAUUUACGUUGAUGCUGUAAUCAACCAUAUGUGCAGUUCUGGGGCUGGUUCUGGCUACCGUGGGACCUGUGGGAGCUAUUUCAAUGCAGGGAUCCGAGAUUUUCCUGCAGUCCCAUACUCUAGCUUUGAUUUCAAUGACCAAAUAUGUAAAACACCAAGUGGGGACAUUGAAAAUUACAGCGAUCCUGUGCAGGUUCGUAACUGUCGCCUGCUUGGCCUUGUUGACCUCACACAAAGGAGAGAUGAUGUGUGUUCCAAAAUAGUUGACUAUAUGAACCACCUGCUAGGUAUUGGUGUUGCAGGGUUUCGAAUUGAUGCAUCCAAGCAUAUAUGGCCUCAGGACAUAAAUGCUAUUAUAGGCAAACUAAAUAAUCUAAAUAUACAGUGGUUCCCCCAAGAUUCACGACCUUUCAUCUAUCAGGAGGUAAUUGACAUGGGCGGUGAAGCAGUCCGAAACUAUGAAUACUUCAGAAAUGGUCGAGUGACUGAAUUUCGAUACGGCGCACAACUUGGGACUGUCCUUCGUAAAUGGAACGGAGAAACAAUGGCAAACUUAAAGAGCUGGGGAGAAAACUGGAAUUUGAUGCCUUCUGACAAAGCCAUUGUGUUUGUUGACAACCAUGACAACCAGAGAGGACAUGGGGCUGGUGGAGCUUCCAUUCUCACCUUCUGGAACCCCAGACUCUACAAAAUGGCUGUUAGCUUUAUGCUUGCUCAUCCCUAUGGAUCUACACGAAUAAUGUCAAGCUACAGGUGGCCAAGGCUUAUCCAGAAUGGAACGGAUAUUAACAGUUGGGUUGGACCACCAAGUUACAGUGAUGGAUCAAUUAAACACGUUCCAAUUAACCCAGAUGGUACUUGUGGCAAUGGCUGGGUUUGCGAACAUCGGUUGCAUCAAAUAAGGAACAUGGUGAUAUUCCGAAAUGUUGUUCACAACCGACCUCUCAUACAGUGGUGGGACAAUAACAACAAUCAAGUGGCAUUUGGACGAGAUGGCAAAGGAUUUAUUGUAUUUAAUAAUGAUGACAGGAAUUUGUCAGAAAUGCUACUAACCGGCCUCCCUGCUGGCAUUUACUGCGAUGUCAUUACGGGUCAGAAGGAAGGAAACCACUGUACUGGGAUUCAAAUCCAUGUUGCUGCAAAUGGCAUAGCAAAUUUUCACAUAAGUAGCCAAGCUGAAAAUCCAUUUAUUGCAAUUCAUGUUGAAGCCAAAUUGUAAUCAACUCUCUCCCCCCCCCCCACCGGCUUUGUUCUCUAAAGCUAAAUAAAA